CUUCAUUUUCUAAUCAAAACUUAUUUGCUAUAUAUGAGCCUUUGCACGUUUCAUUUACUUGCAACAACAACUCAAAAAGAAAAGACAAACAACAGUAAGAACGUUUAAUUUACUCUGCUUUGAAACAAGACCAAAGAAGAAGAUAUGGUUGCUGUCGAAAGAGUUGAGAGUUUAGCAAAGAGCGGAAUCAUAUCGAUUCCGAAAGAGUACAUUCGUCCCAAAGAAGAGCUCGAGAGCAUCAACGAUGUUUUCCUAGAAGAGAAGAAAGAAGACGGUCCUCAAGUUCCCACAAUCGAUCUACAAAACAUCGAGUCAGAAGAUCCAAAGAUACGUGAGAGUUGCAUUGAGGAGCUGAAAAAGGCAUCUUUGGAUUGGGGAGUUAUGCAUUUGAUCAACCAUGGCAUACCAGUUGAACUAAUGGAGCGUGUGAAGAAAGCUGGAGAGGAGUUUUUCAGUUUACCCGUGGAAGAGAAGGAGAAGUAUGCGAACGAUCAAGCAACCGGGAAGAUUCAAGGGUAUGGAAGUAAACUAGCUAACAACGCGUGUGGACAACUUGAGUGGGAAGAUUACUUCUUUCAUCUUGCUUAUCCUGAAGACAAGAGAGAUCUAUCACUUUGGCCUAAGACACCAAGUGAUUACAUUGAAGCAACGAGUGAGUACGCAAAGUGUCUACGUUUGCUAGCAACAAAAGUCUUCAAGGCUCUCUCUAUCGGUCUAGGUUUAGAGCCUGACCGUCUAGAGAAAGAAGUGGGUGGUUUAGAAGAGCUUCUUCUACAAAUGAAGAUUAACUACUACCCUAAAUGCCCUCAGCCUGAGCUAGCACUUGGUGUGGAAGCUCACACCGAUGUAAGUGCCUUAACCUUCAUUCUACACAACAUGGUUCCUGGUUUGCAGCUUUUCUACGAGGGGAAAUGGGUCAUUGCAAAGUGUGUUCCUGAUUCAAUUGGGAUGCACAUUGGAGAUACUUUGGAGAUUCUAAGUAAUGGGAAGUAUAAGAGUAUACUUCAUCGUGGACUAGUGAAUAAGGAGAAGGUUAGGGUGUCUUGGGCCGUGUUUUGUGAACCACCAAAGGAUAAGAUUGUUCUUAAGCCGUUGCCGGAGAUGGUGAGUGCUGAGUGUCCGGCUAAGUUUCCUCCAAGGACAUUUGCUCAACAUAUUGAGCAUAAGUUGUUUGGGAAUGAACAAGAGGAAUUGGUGUCUGAGAAAAAGGAUUAAGUUUGUGUGUUUGGGAAAGGAACAACAAGUCUUUUAUAUGUAAAACUCUAUUUAAGAGUUUCUUUGUUUUGUGUUCGUGUCAUUGUGAUAUUGUAAGAAACAAAUUCUUCUCUCCAUUUCUAAAUUGUUUACAAUAUCUUUGAAGUAAUGAUCGAGAUUACAGAAAAAGACGAGAGAGUAACCAAGAUAGAUAUUUGUAGAUCUAUGAACCACAUGUUGUAUUAAGAACUUGAAAGUAUUUCUGAUUUACAUU